UUACCACCACUUUUACUCGCGCUCCCACCCUCGCCAGUCGCCACCAUGCCGCCGCGCACCGUGCUCGUGUGCGCGCUGCUCGCGUGCGCGCGCGCCGACGCCGCGAUCAGCGCCAGCGAUCUCACCGCUGAGGAGUACUACUCCAUGCCUCAGCUAUUCCACCUGGACGAGUACGAGAGCUGCCUGGCGACGCGCGGCGUGUACUGCCUCGGCAGCUUCGAGCUGUCGCCCGACGGGGAGUCCAGGGUGUUCCGACUGAUGCAGGAGUACUCCUCAAACUGGGUGGAUAACUUCAAUCACACGCGGCUCCACCGGGGAAUAUGCGUGUCUCGACGAUGUGCUGAACCGAACACGGCUCUAGAGGUUCCAGAACCUUCCAUGGACUCGUGGUUCGCGUCAUGCGUGAAUGCGAGCACCAUGUCGUCGCACAACCUAUCAGCGCGACUAUACCAGCUGGACUACUGUCAACGAGGGCAGGAGAGUGCACGGCCCUUAGACGCUGCCGAUAGAGCCUUCCCAAUAGUAUUAGCAGCCUUGGCGGCUCUCGCUGUUGUGUCUACUGCUUUGGAGUUGCUACUGUCACCACAGACUAAGAAAGAAUACCAAUGGGCGUUAUGCUGGUCGCUCCCGGGCUGCUGGCGCGCGCUGCGGGCUCCGCCGCCGGCCGUCUCCGCCGCCGGCGACCUUCGGGUCUUCGACGGACUCAGGGUGCUCUGCAUGAUGUGUGUCAUCAUUGAACACGUAUGCUGGCUGAGCACCAUCUCUUAUCUUACCGAUAUACGGUAUUUUGAGACGAUCCGCCGCUCCGGCGACGCGAUACUCCUCGGCAACUCGACGCUGGUGGUGCAGGUGUUCUUCCUGAUGGCCAGCUUCCUGCUGGCGCACAAGAUCCUUCUGCAGACCUCUAGGGGGUCCAUGCCGUCGUGGCGGUCUUUCUUCUCCACCAUGAUCAAUAGGAUCAUCAGAGUCAGCCCUUCAUACUACAUGGUGGUAUGGUUCGCGGCGACGUGGUGGCCGCGCCUGGGCGCCGGGCCGCAGUGGGCGCCCCGCGUCGACGCGGAGGCCGGCGUCUGCCGCUCCAAGUGGUGGGUGCACCUGCUGUACCUGAACAACGUGCUGGACGCGGACAACAAGUGCUUAGUGCAGACCUGGUACCUGGCAGCAGACAUGCAGCUGUACGCCGCCGCGUUGCUGCUGAGCCUCGCGCUGGCGCGCUGGCGGCGCGGCGCGCUGCCGACUCUGACGGUGUUGCUGAUCAUCUCCAUCGGGGGAUUAUUCGCCAUCUCCUACUGGUUGAAGCUUCUAUCCACGUUCGUCAUGCAUAACCCGGAGGUGGUCCGUGUGAAGUACUACGGAGACCUGUCCUUCAACAUCCUGUACCAGUCUCCGCUGGGCAACGUGCCGGGCACGUUGGCAGGCCUGUUGCUGGCCUACGUCCAUCAUGAGAUGCUGGAACGGAACAAGCAGCCGCAGCAGUACCGGUGGUUCCGCUGGGUGACGGGCUCGGGUGCGCCGCUGGCGGCGUGGUGGGUGGCGUGGUCGCCGCUGCUGCUGGGCGGCGGCGCGCCGGCGCGCGCGCCCGCCGCCGCGCUCGCCGCGCUCGAGCGCCCCGUCUUCAGCCUCUUCGUGGGCCUGGCCCUGCUGGGGGCCAUGCAUGGAGUGCAACCGAUGUGGGUGCGAUGGUUGUCGUGGCCGGGCUGGGCGCCCGCGGCGCGGCUGAGCUUCGGCGCCCUGCUGCUGCACAUGCCGAUCAACACCGCGCUCAUCGCUGCGCGCCGCGCGCCUACUGAACUCAACCGGUUGUCUGCGGUAGUGGAAUGGCUGGGCGUGGCCGGGACAGCGUACUUGGCCGCGCUGCCGCUGGCGCUGCUGGUGGAGCUCCCGGCGCAGCGCCUGCAGCGCGCGCUCGAGGGGCUGCGCGGCGCGCCCGACCCCAAACCCGUCGAGAAGACCAACCUGUGA